UUACAACUCGCACCAGCUCGCAGAUCAUCGAGCUCUCCUUCCCCCUUCCAAUUGCACCAUCCACUGCCCCGACAGGCUCGCCGGCGGAGCCUAGCUCCACCGCGCCGCCGUGCCUCGGUGAACCCCCCUCCCGGCCAAAAUCCCACGUGCCGAACCCCCUAGCCAAGUUCGCCUUCGUCCCCUCUCCCUCCCCGGGCUGUUCUUGGGGCUAGAACCGGCUCGCCGGCGGCAAACCGCCGGCGAACCGCCGUCGGACCCCCCCUUCCCCUCGCCGGCCGGUUCAAUCGAACCGAGCCCGACGCCGUCCCCGCCGUCGCCUCCCCUCCACCGCUGACCCGUGGGCCCAGCCCCAACGGCGUCCGCCGCGCCGUCGCCUGCCGCGCACGCCCGCGUGGGCCGCCACUGCGCCAUUGGGCCGAGCCAGGCCGAAAUCCUGACACACGCAGAAAGUGGCAAAAGUCCAAAUAGCCUCCCUGAACUUCUACAAAAGGCCCAAUCUACCCCCUGUGACCAAUUUCCUCCCCGAAAACCCUACCCGGACUCCGUUUUCGAUAGUUUUCGAACCAUUGAACUCAUAGUGAAGGACCCUAUGUCGCUCCACCCACAUGGCCCCUCUGACAAAAUUACAAAAACCCCUUGCCUUUAUCUAUAUUUACAACUAUUCCGUCCGAACCCUGUUUCGGCCCACCAUCCGUCAAAACACGUCCCGCUGAAACCCUAAACCCGCUCCCGCCAACUCGCCCAUUUAUAAAUAGGCCGGGAAGGUUGCCACUCCAUUUGCGCCUUCCAAUAUCAGUCACUCUCUCGCUCGGCUUGGUGAAAAACUUACCACGCCCGAGUCAAGCUGCUAAUGGUUUGGGCUGAGCCUAGUUUGAAUGGUUUGGUUUUGCUACUUAGUCUCGUUUGGUUUGGUGGCAAAUGGGCUAAGAUAUUUACCAGUCUGGUUUGGUUUGGUUUAUUUAGUAUAAGGGAUCGGUUCAGUUGGGAUUGGGGUUUAAAUGGGUUGUCUACGUGCAUACUCACCACUCGAAUUUUCAACCAUUGGAUGAAGAUCCUACGGGUGUUUUUCAUCUUCAACCUCCAGACAGGUGUAGCCAACAAGCCUCUUCACCAUAGAGUCCAUCGGAGACAGAACCAGAGCUAACAGGUAGGCAGUGUAGAACGUGGCCGGAUCCUCCUAACCGGAGUCCGGGGCCGUGGUGCACAGGCGGCGGCUGUGGCGCGGGAUCACGUCUCCAGUCGAUUCCAUGGACAGCCAGCAACCCAUCGCAUGCCUUCUCGCGCUGCGCGGCGCGCCUUGGCCCACCCAAUCGCCGAGCAAGGGAGGGGCGACUGCGCACGCGCAGCAUGCGUCGGCCACGCACUGCCGCAUCGGCGGCGUGACGCCGGUGGGGACGGGAGCUGCGGCACCGCCGCUUCACGGAAGCAAAUGAGGUCGGGACUCAGCACCUCGAGGUGGGCCGCAGGGCCUGUGGCUGUCGCUCGCUCGCGCUCGUGAAGCAAGUAAUCAACCCAUAGUCGUAAGCGGUUCAAUUGAUUUCAAAAGCAAUGCAAUUUGGUUCUGGUUCGGUUUUGGAAGCAUUUGGAUUAGUGUGGUGUGGUUUAAUCGGUGAGAAUACUACUAGUUGGUUCGGUGCGGUUUUAGUUUGGAUUCUGCACCAUUAGCAGCUUUACGCCCGAGUACCCCACCCAUCCUCCCGUGCUUCGCGCCGGUAGUUGGUCGACCGUCGGUCCACCUUCUCACACGUGGCCAUCGAUCUCCUUUGCACGGCAUAUGCCCCGGCCAUACGAAAGAAUUGGAUUUUGGGCCUGCAAUUAGGCUCCCACCUCAGCCCAUUUCUGAAUAGGCCGUUUCUAAAGAACCCGCCGCAGUCUCGUCCUCAUCUUUCCUCAGUCCUCACUCCCAUCACCUACACCUAGGGUUUGCCUCCCCUUCUGGCCGCCGCCUCCUGCCCCUCCCUCUUCAUCGCCCUUCUUCGUCUUCCCUGAACGCCGACCUCGCGUCUUCUCCGCCGCCCCGAUCGACGCCGCUGUCGAGGACUCUGUGCUCUCUGCUUGAAGGAAGCCUGUAUGUUGAAGAUGAGCUGCCAGAAGUUGAGCCGUCAGUAUCUGCAUUUGGUGAUGAACGAGGGGCGUGGCUUGUACUCGUUGAGGCACAUGGACGUGUCUAAGCUCUUCUACCCAUCGACACCUGAAGCACUGGAUGCAGAGGCUCAAGUGAAGAAGAAGAAGAAGAAGAAUGGCAUCAAUAAAGUUGGGAGCAUCGGCAGAUUGCCUAGACCGAGCAUGUACUUCGAAUCACACACCCGCGGUGCAUCUAGUCCAGACAGUUUGACUAAUGUGUUUGCUCUCUUUGGGGAGAGCAAGAACAAGAUCCUCUACUCAGAUGCAAAUGGUCACACCACAAUCUACAACACUAGCUUGCACUCCUUCACACCAAUGCCUGAUAUGCAUUUUCCCAAGGGGCCCAAUUGUAUGGCUGCUCAUAUCACUCGCACUGCUGAUCAUGCAAGGUCUGAUUUUGCAAUCAACCCGACAGUGGAUCAUGAAUUCUUCGAUGAGAACCCCAUUGGUGACCACACUGACAGCCUCUACAUGAUGCACAUGGACCAGGAACAGGGCAGCUUUGAAGUGCUUGCAUACUACCCUGUGGGGUACUGGAAAUGGCGCGUACUCCCAUUGCCACCAUUCUUUGACGACCAGGAUUACAAGGUCUGCAGUGACAUUCCUUAUGCAGUCAUCGAUGGUACCCGAAUCUGUGUAUCAUCUGACACCACAACUUAUUCUUUUGACACGGUGUCGCUUAAGUGGAGCAAGACUGGAGACUGGGUGCUGCCCUUUCACAGCAAAGCGGAGUAUGUUCCUGAGCUGAACCUGUGGAUUGGCCUUUCUGCUAGCAGCCAUUCCAACCUGUGCGCUUUGGACCUUUCCACUUCUGCCAUGGAUUCUUGUGAUGUGGUGCCGACAGUGCAGAAUGUUAGGUUUGAUGUUGACCUACCUGAGGACUGGUCACUGAAAAGUAGCAACUUGGUGAACCUGGGUGGCGGCCGAUUUUGCAUUGCUACGUUUUUCGAUACUGCAGAUGGCGGUCCAAAGACGACUGUCUUCACUGGUGUGGAUGUGUUGCCCUGUGGUGACAAUCAACAAAGGGAACCGGCUGUCCUCAGGAUCAAGCACAAGUCCAAAUGCCUUGUCACAGACAGGAUCCAGUAUGUGCUAUGAACUGCCACCAAUGAUGCUCUCGUCUUGGCUGAUGCAACCAAUUGCUACAUACUGUCCGUAUCAUUGUUUAUGGUGUUUGUGAGGCAUUUACUGAGGGUUGGAUGAGUACUACUAAUAUUACCCGUCUAUCUUAUCUUUCCUGUAAUGUCUAACCAGCCUGCAUACUCUGUUAUUCUGCCGAUCCAGUUAGUAUGAACAUUUAUACUUUAGUUCUUAUUA